AUGAGUCCCGAAGAACAAUCUAAGUAUAACUCUAGCGAUGGGUUUUUAGACCAAGAAUUAAAAUGUGAUAUUUGCGGCGGUAAUGUUUGGUUGGCUUCGCCUGGUAAUGGAGUAGCGGGAACUCCAUACACCGGACUUGAUGAAGCUGAAUUGCGACACAAAUACGAACUAGAAGAUGGAGCACACAAUCAACCGACAUCAAUAUAUUUAUUUAUAGUAGAUAAAGGAAGCAAGCACAGCAAUAUACCGGGUUGCAAUGGCUGCGAAAAAUCUUUUGUCGACGGAGAUGAAGCUUACCGCACGGAAUUUGAUGUUUUUUAUGAUGAAGGUGAAUAUGGAGUAACCGAAAGCAAAGCAACCGAAGCCGAAGAUAGCAAACUAGGACUAGGAGGACUUAUUUGUCAAUCAUGCGAAAAAGACUUUGAUAAGGAAGGUGAAAUUCUUUUCGUUAUAGAAGAAACAGAAAGUGGAGAUGGGUUAGAUGUAUGCAAAAAACAAAUGCAUGAUUUGUCGGGAACAAUAUAUAGCGAAGAAGAUUUAGAAGUAGCAAUUAAGGAAUUUGUCUUUAAUUAUUAUUGCGGAUUAAACGAAGUAGAAGAAGAAUUAAUAACUCGCGGCAAAAUAGCCUUGGUAGAAUACAAAGACGAUCCUGAGGCAAUUACUGGUAAAAUUUUCCUAGCCGAAGUGGUAGAAGAAGAUAGUAAUUUGCUAAACAAAUAUGAUACAGUAAAAUUACGCCUAUUAGCCAACAAAAAAAUAGAAAUUCAAAGCAAUAAAAAAACCUAUCCUUAUAAAUAUGUAGUUUUUGAAAAUAACCGAGCUAAUGAAGCCUACAUGAAGCGGAUCAAUUAUUUUAUUAAACAAAUGAUUGAGGCGGUAAAAAAAAUGGCGAUAGAUGCUUUUAUGAGUGAACGCAAAUUGAUAUUUAUAGUUCCCGAGCAACCAGCCGAAGAGGAUGCUAACUAUCUAAUCCAAAUGCGACCAGAAAAAGGAGCAUCAGAUGGCAAAACUGGUAUUCACCCCAGCCAAGUUAAAUUCGAAACUUAUGAGCCUAAAUUAGACAUCCGAGCCUGA